AUGAGGCACCUCCUGUUGGUGCUGCUGCUGCUGGGUGCCGUAUGGGCAGACGACAAGGAGGAGGAGGAGGACGUGGGCACGGUGGUGGGCAUCGACCUGGGCACCACCUAUUCCUGUGUGGGCAUCUUCAAGAAUGGCCGGCUGGAAAUCAUCUCCAAUGACCAGGGGAACCGUAUCACGCCGUCCUCCUACGUGGCAUUCACGCCCGAUGGGGAGCGCUUGAUCGGGGACGCCACCAAGAACCAGCUUACAUCCAAACCCGAGAACACUGUGUUUGAUGCCAAGCGGCUCAUCGGCUGCACCUGGAAUGGCCCUUCCGUGCAGCAGGACAUUGAGUACCUGCCAUUCAAGGCCGUUGAGCAGAAAGCCAAGCCCCAUAUUCAAGUCGAUGUUGGAGGUGGACAGACAAAAAUCUUUGCUCUUGAAGAAAUUUCUGCUAUGGUCCUGACAAAGAUGAAGGAAACUGCAGAGGCUUACCUGGGGAAGAAAGUUACCCAUGCUGUUGUUACUGUGCCAGCCCACUUCAAUGAUGCUCAGCGUCAGGCUACAAAGGAUGCUGGUACCUUUGCUGGGCUGAAUGUGAUGAGAAUCAUCAAUGAGCCAACGGCUGCUGCCAUUGCUUAUGGACUGGACAAGAGCGAGGUCGAGAAGAACAUCCGGUUUGACCUGGGUGGUGGAACACUCACCCUCCUCACCAUUGACAAUGGAGUCUUUGAAGUUGUGGCUACUAAUUGUGGAUGCCGAAGGACCUGCGGACGCGGCACCCGGAACGAGCCCUGGAGUUCUGAUCGCUCUCACUGGCGGCAAACCGUGGGAUAA